ACUGACAUUGCUUAACCUACGAGAGAGAGCACCAAAAUGGCAGAGAAUCAGGAACUGUUCUGUUGCUCCAUCUGUCUGGAUCUACUGAAGGAUCCGGUGACUACUGCCUGUGGACACAGUUACUGUAUGGGCUGUAUUAAAGAAUGCUGGGAUCAGGAUGAUCUGAAAGGUUUCUACAGCUGUCCACAGUGCAGACAGACCUUUACCCCAAGGCCUGUUCUGAACAGGAGCACUGUGCUGGCUGAGGUGGUGGAGAAACUGAAGAAGACAGGACUCCAGGCUGCUCCCCCUCCUGCUCUGUGCUAUGCUGGACCUGGAGAUGUGGCGUGUGAUKUCUGCACUGGGACCAGAAAGCAGAAAGCCCUCAUGUCCUGUCUGGUGUGUCUGGCCUCUUACUGUGAGACUCACCUCAAACCUCACUAUGAAUUUCCUGCUUUCAAGGAGCACAAGCUGGUCAAAGCCACCACACAACUACAGGAGAAGAUCUGCUCUCAUCAUGACAAACUGCUGGAGGUUUACUGUCGUACCGAUCAGCAGUGUAUCUGUUAUCCGUGUACAAUGGAUGAACAUAAAGGCCAUGAUACAGUGUCAGCUGCAGCAGAGAGGACUGAGAAACAGAGGCAGCUGGGGAGAAGUCAGCAGAAGGUCCAGCAGAGAUUCCAGGAGAGAGAGAAGGAGCUGAAGGAGCUCCAACAGGCUGUGGAUUCUUUCAAGGACCUGAGCCCCAGGACUACCUGGCCUGAUGACUCACCCUUCGUCACCACAAACGACUUCAACGAUGGCAGUCUCAGACUGAAGUGUAUAACGAACAUCGAGCAGCGGAAGAAAAGUKUGUAG